UAAUCAAAAACUCUUAUCACAAAAAAGUAGUGAGGCUUCAACAAUGGGGAACUGUUUGGUUACCCAAGAUAAGAUUAUUAAGGUCAUGAAAACAGAUGGAAAAGUCCUUGAGUACAAAUCACCCAUCAAAAUUCAUCAAGUGUUAUCAGAUUUUGCUGGCCAUGCAAUAUCUGACAAACUACCUGUCGUUCAACAUCUCCAUCCAGACAUUGAUAUGGUCGUUGGUAACAUCUACUACCUUCUACCACUUCCAUUACUUUCAGAAGAAAAACAGAAGAAAAGGGUAAGAUUCGCAAAUCCAGCAGAGGAAGCAAGACAAGAAAGCAGUGGAGUUGUGAGGAUAAAGUUGGUCAUGACCAAGAAGGAGCUACAUAUGAUGUUAAAUAAAGGAAGUCUUUCAGUAGAUGAUAUGCUUUCUAAUCUUAAAGAAAUAAAGCAGGUCCCAAAUCAAUCUGAGCAGCUAAAAGAUGAUAGUAGAUUUUGGAAUAAAGAAUGGAAGCCUGAACUAGAAAGUAUACCUGAAUGAACUGGAUAAGAAAACAGAUGGAAACA